CUAUAUCUUUGCAUGUCUGGGUUUUUUUGAUUGGCUACUUGGCAUUUUAAAUGAUGGAUUUUAGAGACCCUGGAUUCUGUUUUGCUUCUCUGAUUCAUAAUUUUUAUUCUAGAAGGCAGUUAUCUUGGCUGAACUCAAACUCCAGACUGUCUCCUCUGUAGUGGUAGCAGCUGAAAUCUUUACUUAGUUAUUCAGUUUCCAGCUGCUGAUUUUCUGCCAGGACCCCUGGGGUCCCCUCCCUCACCUUGUGAUUAGUUUAGUGAUCAGCACAGGUCUUAGGAGGACUUUGUUUACUGAUUCUGGAGAUCACCGCUUCUUUGGCUCCCUCUCUUACAGGUUAUCCUUCCUAAAUUUCUGAUAGUUCUCAGGCUGAAAGUCUGUCAUCUGAUAUCUCAAGCCAGUAAGACUUGGCUUUCUGCUCAACCCACCCCCAGUGGCAAGCGGAUUCAGCAGUGCCCUCAGUCAGAAAACCACAAAUGUGCAAAUCUCACCUCCUGAGAUUUACCCGCCAGCUGCUGUCUUCCCUUGCCAGGGCAUGUGUGGUUUCUGCAGGCAGGAUGGCUUCCAGAGAGGAAAGGGAGGACCCAGUUUACUGCUCUCACAUCCAAUCAGAUAAGUUGCCCCUUGUUCCCCAUGAAGGAGAUCGUGAGGGAGUGGAGAGAAGUCAGGAGUAUACUGUCUGAGCUACAUCAGUGUGGAAGUCGAAGUAGGGAGGAGAUGUUCUCCUCUGACACUCCAUAGAACCUUGUUCUCUUGAGAGCCUAUGCCUACAGUCGACUUAGUAGAAGAGGUCAGCAGUUUGUCGUACAGUUCGAAGACCCUCAUGGUGAUAACAACCUGAGGGGAAACACUAAUUGAAAGCAGUCGAGCAACCGAAAGCAGACAGAAAUUAGAGGGGAAAGAUAAAGUGCCAGUUUUCCCUCCAGAUUCUUUAUGUGUCAGUAGUAUAAUGCUUAUAAUCCAGUCCCCCUUUGUACCAAGAUUAAAUUCUCUCUCUAUUUUCUAUCCCAAAUUAAGCCAAGUUAUCCAGCAUAGCAUAUGAGAGGUUCUGCAGGUACAUGGUGACUGAUCUCUGCUGCCCAGGAAUCCAGGAGGAUGUCUGGAGGAGGAUGUCCAGAGGAGGAUGUCCAGAGGAGGACGUCUAGAGGAGGACAUCCAGAGGGGGAUGUCCGGAGGAGGACUUCCAGAGGAUGCUAUCCGGAGGAGGAUGUCUAGAGGAGGACGUCCAGAGGAGGAGGUCCAGAGGGGGACGUCCAGAGGGGGAUGUCUAGAGGAGGAUAUCUGGAAGAGUGGCUGCCUGUGGACAUGUUAUCUUUGUUCUAUUUGAUGCUUUUGAUUUAAACCCACUUUGUCUGAGAUUACUAUGGCCACCCCUGCUUUCAUUUUGUCUGUUUUCACCUGGUAUAUCCUAACCCAUAAUUCUUUCUGUCAUUUUGUUUUAGGUGGAUCCCAAAUAGCAUAGAGUUGGGUAUGGUUUUUGUUUUUCAUGACUUGGAGUGUUACUCCAUGGAUUCCUUUGGGCAACCCAGACCAGAAGAUAACCAGUCAGUAGUCAGCAGAAUGCAAAAGAAAUACUGGAAAACGAAACAGGUCUUCAUCAAAGCAACAGGGAAAAAGGAGGACAAGCACGUGGUGGCAUCUGAUGCCGAGCUGGACGCUAAACUUGAGGUUUUUCACUCCAUUCAAGAGACGUGCACUGAACUUCUGAGGAUAGUUGAGAAAUAUCAGCUAAGACUCAAUGUUAUAUCAGAGGAAGAAAACGAACUAGGGCUCUUUUUAAAGUUUCAAGCAGAACGGGAUACAACACAAGCUGGCAAAAUGAUGGAUGCCACUGGCAAGGCACUCUGUUCUUCAGCCCAGCAAAGAUUAGCCCUGUACGCUCCCCUGUCUCGUCUUAAGCAAGAAGUAGCCACGUUCAGUCAAAGGGCGGUAUCUGACACCUUGAUGACGAUCAAUCGGAUGGAGCAGGCGCGCACAGAAUACAGAGGGGCGCUGCUGUGGAUGAAAGAUGUGUCCCAAGAACUAGACCCAGACACCUUAAAACAGAUGGAAAAGUUCAGAAAAGUACAGAUCCAAGUGAGAAAUAGCAAAACUUCUUUUGACAAGUUAAAGAUGGAUGUUUGUCAGAAAGUGGAUUUGCUUGGAGCUAGUCGCUGCAAUAUGUUAUCUCAUUCGCUCAUUGCCUACCAGAGAACACUGCUUGGAUUCUGGGAGAAAACAGCUCGAAUGAUGUCCCGAAUCCACGGGGCUGGCACUGGCUUUCAUCCGUAUGAUUUUGUAGCUCUCAAGCAACUACAAGACACUCCAGGCAAGCCUACUGAAGACGACAGAGAACAAAUAGAAAACAAUUCUCUCGUGGAAAACCUCAAUAAGUUAGUUUUGUCAGAUGAAGACGUGAGCUUGGGAAGUGAACCAGCAACCAAAGAUCACAAGGAAAAACAUUUUCAAACGAGGGAAUUUGAAGCACCUCAGAUUUCUAACUCUGAAAAUGUUGCAAAAGAUUUACCUGUAGAUUCAUUGGAAGAUGAUUUUGAGAAGGAAUUCUCAUUUCUGAACAACCUCCUAAGUCCUGGUCCUUCCAGUACCCGUGAAUUUACCCAAGAAUGCCAGCAUGCCUCUGGGAGCCCCAAUGCCAGUCUCUCGUCCCAGGAGCCUUUGGUGGGGUCUGAGUCGCUUGCUCAUUCCUCACGAUUCCUUCCUUCACGACUCUUUGACCUUGGCCUUCAUGCCACUGGAGCUUUCAACAGCUGGGCCUCCCAAGGGAGAUUAGAACUUCCUCUUUCACACACUGAUAACCAGCCAGUGCCUUCACAGAGUCCAAAGAAGUUAACAAAAUCUCCUAACAAGUGUAACCAAGACAUGUCAGCCUGGUUCACUCUAUUUGCAGACUUGGAUCCACUUUCAAACCCAGAUGCUAUUGGACACUCAGACGAUGAACUACUUAAUGCGUGACUGAAGUUAUGAUGUCAUUUCAAUGGCUUUGAGACAUCAAUUUGGCAACAUAUUGCCUUUGUGGAAAGGAGUUUAUUUUGUAACCCAGACACAAAAGUAUCAGGUUUGCCAGUAUCACACUUGUCAGCCAACUUUAGACACAUGGUGAGGACCACAUUUGAAUAGAUUAAGUAUCUUUUUUAUAUCUUGGAUUUGCAGCUGUUGAUAAUACAUGGAAAAUAUUAGAAAAUUAAAAAAUGAGUCUGAAAUAGA